AUGUUCACAGAUGAUGUAGAUGUGGGGUUGGAAAAAUACCCUACUGCCUACGUCCGGGGGGUCAUUGAAGGGGUGGAAGCGUCAGUGUUGGUUGACUCUGGGGCUUCUGUGUCUUUAAUUAGUUCCGAUUUCCGUAUGGCGGUUCCCACACUGCGCGGACGGCCAUUGAAGAAGGACUUUAUUGGCUCACGGGCAGUAAAUGGACAGACACUAGACACACUGGGCACUGUAGACGUGUCUCUUCACUUGGGCCGGGCCUCUUGGCGGCACACUUUUCAUGUGCUGAGGGAGUCUACUCAGGCGGUCCUAUUGGGGUUGGACUUUCUGGCAGUGAACAGGGCGUUGCUCGACCUGGGGCGGGGGGUUUUGGAGAUCGGUGAUACGUGCCUCCCCUUGCUUUACCAGGCUCAGCUUGUCCCUGAGUGCUGCAAUGUAUCUCUGGCCGAUGGUGUGAUUAUACCUCCCUUAAGUGAGGCUUUGGUGCCAGUUCAUGUGCGUCCACCGGGUGGUGCUAACAGGCCAGUAACUGACUUUGAGGGCUAUUUGGAACCAAAUGUCCCUGAUUCGGCUGGUUUAGUCGUAGCUCAUACCAUGGCUAAUGUGAAGAAUGGGGUUACUGUUGCGCGUGUUCUCAAUCCCUCUGGGAAAGCAGUGGAGCUCAAGCAAGGGCUGCACAUAGGGGAAUUUUAUCCUAUUCACGAGGUUGGUGCACCAUCGGUGGUGCCCACUUCAAAUAAAUCUUCUGUCCCGUGUAUGGUCACAGACUCUCCAGUCAACAAGCGACAGAGGGCUGAAUUACAGGAGCUUUUGAGUCGUUUUAGUAACGUGUUUAGUACCCCAGAUGGGAACACUGGGAAGUGCUCUUUAAUCCAACACCACAUUCGCACUGGUGAUAACCCCCCAAUUAAGCAGCGGGCAUAUCGGACGUCUCCUGAGAAAAGGGCAGAGAUUGAGCGUCAGGUGGGUCAGCUACUGGCAGAUGGCCUGGUGGAGGAGAGCUUCAGUCCCUGGGCCUCACCAGUCGUGCUCAUCAAGAAAAAAGGGGGUCAGUGGAGGUUCUGUAUCGAUUACCGCCGUCUUAAUGCGGUUACAAUUAAAGAUUCGCACCCGCUGCCGCGUGUGGACGACAGCUUGGAUGCGCUGGCCGGGUCAAUGUGGUUCAGCACAUUGGACUUUUCGAACGGAUACUGGCAGGUGGAAGUUGCCGAGGAGGAUCGUGAAAAGACCGCCUUCACGACCGUGGUGUCACCAGACUUUUCUCGCCCCUUUAAAGUUUACACCGAUGCGUCAAAGGACGCUGUUGGGGCGGUACUGGCGCAGGAGAAUGACGGUUUGGAACAUGUAGUGGCCUACGCCAGUCAAGCCCUCACUCACACCCAGAAAUGCUGGUCCACCUUUGACCGUGAACUGUGGGCGGUUGUCUGGGCUGUGCGCGAGUUUAAACAUUAUGUGGGGCUGUCAGCAUUCACUAUUGUUACUGACCAUCGUCCUCUACUAGGCCUUCGUGGCAUGUCCAUUGACAAUGACCCUACUGGUAAACGGGGGCGGUGGAUCCUGGAGUUGGAUCCCUUUAAUUGGGCCAUCAUCCACAAGGACGGAUCACGGCAUUUGAAUGCGGAUGCGUUGUCCCGCCGCCCUGCUGAGGCCACAGCUCCUGCCAUUGACUGUGUGAAUGUGAUUGAUGUUGGGGGGGCGAAUAGUCAUGACCAGGCUAGGGAGUCGUUACCCUCCUCUCCAGUGUACUCUCUCUGCUGUGAUGAGGCCAGGUUGCGGUCCCUGCAGCAGGAUGACCCAGACAUCAGGGUAGUGCUCGGGUGGUUAGAGAGGGGUGUAGAUAGCCCCACAGUCUCCGGCCUGGAGCGGUUGCAGGUUGUCAUCCCGUCCUCUCUGGUCCCUGAUCUACUCCAGCAUCUUCACGGGGGGCCGGCUGCUGCGCACUUCUCUGUGGAUCGGCUGAACAAUCCAACGGAGAGCCGUACUAAAUUAGCGCCGCAUUGGAGGGGCCCGUACCAGGUGGUGCAGGUAUUCUCGUCAGGGGGUGAACCAGCUCUGACCUAUGACAUCAUUAAUCCGCUGGAUACUCAGGAGCGGAGUCAGGUGGUUCAUCAUGACAGACUCAAACCAUACACUCUGCCGCUCCCUGCUCGGUCCCCUGCUAGUCGGGUUGUCGCAUCGGACCCUUUCUUGCAUGGAGGGGAGGCAAGUUUGGAGCCAGCGCUGGCCCAGCCGCAGCAGUCUCGGUCGGGACGUCUUGUUAAAGCCCCUUCACACCUCAAGGACUUUCUAGUUUGA